CGUCCGACCCGCUGCUCGACUUGCUCGUUUCUCUGCGGGCUCUCUAUUGUCUUGUGUGCUCUCUGACCAUCCUAGCUUUUGCGUUGUCUUUGAUCUUCCAGCCGCGCUCCGCUUUGCGAUAUAACUUAUUCUCAUCUGGAAUUUCGCAGCACUGAAGCAUACUACCUUCCGGCUCGCUCGGCAACUAAUUUCUCCCAGUCCCGCAGGUGUAAUCAGUGCACCGACAUCGUGCUCUCUAUCGCAGGCCCUGAUAUGUCCACCAUGACGGAGCUUCGGAUCGAGAGCAAAGCUUCCGCUGCUCUGCUCUUCGAGUCAGACGCCGUCAAAGCCGAAUCCUUGGAGUUCGGGAUCAUCAAGGACGAGGAAAUGCUAGACUUAUCUACGUCGACCACCGUCAAGGAAGACAGUGUCGAACCAGACAUGUCUCGCAGCACAUCCGUAGAAAUGAAGCUGGAGGAUGAUUCCUCCAAGUCUGCCACUCCGUUGUUGCCCGCCAAGUCCAAGAGCAAACCAGGCAAAGCCCCCGUCCAGUUGAUUGGUCACCUACCACGAGCGGAGGAAGAAGCUAUGACGACCUUCGUGGAGAUCCCCAACAACCACUAUCAAUAUGGUACGCUAGGAAAGUCGAGGGAGGCCUUGGAGAGCAUGACGUGUGAUUGCCAGUACGAGCAUGGCGUCGACGACCCCGAUAUGGCUUGUGGUCUCAGCUCCGACUGUAUCAACCUCAUGACCCAGGUGGAAUGCCUGCCAGAUGACUGUCGGUGUAGAGGCUACUGUCGGAAUCAGCGGUUCCAGCGCAAGCAGUACGCACCAAUAGAGAUCGUCAAGACAGAAAUGAAGGGGUUCGGCCUGCGUGCUGCGGCGGAUAUACCCAAGGAUACAUUCAUCUAUGAGUAUGUGGGUGAUGUCGUGAGCCAACCUUCGUUCAUCAAGCGAAUGCGCCAAUAUGCGGAGGAAGGUAUACGACACUUCUACUUCAUGAUGCUUCAAAAGGACGAGUUCAUCGACGCCACCAAGCGCGGGGGUAUCGGCCGAUUCGCCAACCACAGCUGCAACCCGAACUGCUAUGUGGCGAAGUGGACCGUCGGCAGUCACGUCCGGAUGGGCAUCUUUGCCAAUCGCGUGAUCAAGAAGGACGAGGAGCUGACGUUCAACUACAAUGUGGACAGAUAUGGUCAUGAGGCGCAACCGUGCUACUGUGGCGAACCCAAUUGUGUCGGCUACAUUGGCGGAAAGACCCAGACGGAUCUUGCUGCGAUGGACGACUUGUACCUGGAUGCUCUCGGUAUUACUGACGAGGUGGAGAUGUAUGGGCUCAAGGGAUCGAAGAAGAAGAAGGGCAAGAAGCUGGAUGAAGACUUCAUCCCUGAUCUCAAGCCAAUCGUCCUCAAAGACGUGCCGAAGGUUGUAUCGGCUAUGCGUCAGACUCAAAGCAAGAAGGUCUUGGUCAAGCUGCUGACUCGCAUCAAGUUGACGGAGGACCUCGCUGCGCUUCGUCAGAUCAUGCGUUUGCGAGGGUUCAGUCUGAUGACGAACGUCCUCGAGGACCAUAGCCAAGAUGUCGAGAUUCAGACUCUGGCGUUGGAGUGCAUGUCGACUUGGCCGCUUAUCCAGCGGAACAAAGUAGAAGAUUCUAAGAUCAACGUACCUGUGGAGAUCUUGGCACAAUCCGACAACGAGGGUCUGGCGACGUUGGCAAAGAAGCUGCUGGCUCAGUGGGAAACGCUUGAGUACGCUUACCGGAUACCCAAGCGCGUCAAGGGCGACAACGACGAUGCGCCAGCGGAGCAGGUUAUCGUCUUCAACUACGACGAAGAUGAACGGCCAUCGAAGCGGUCACGGCCAGAAGACGACUUUCCGAAGUUCGUCCUCCCUUCCUUCUCGAGGCCACGGCCGAAGACGCCGCCGCCGAUUCAAUACGUCGUCGAGCCAAAUUCGUAUCAGAAGACGAUGAUGCAACGCCAAGUCGAGGCGCGGAAACAGCAGGAGAUUGCGGACAUCAUCGCGAAAGCGGCCAAGGCCGCGGAGGAGGCGAGUAAGCCUAAGCCGGCGCCCCAGGCGGCUACUGUGGACUCGCUAUUCGGCCUCCUACCGAAGAGAGAGCCUAUCAGGGACUGGGACAGGAAGAAGAAGUCUUCGUCGUCGUCACCCAAACACAAGAAACCGCACCAGUCAAAGGAGGAGAAGGAGGCGAACAAGGAGAAGAGGCUGCUGAAAUUGAUUGGUGCGGUUGUCGUGAAGUGCAUGUCCAAGUACAAGGACCAGAUGGACCACGAACACUUCAAGAAGUAUGCGAAGGAGCUCACGCACAUCAUCGCCGAGAAGGAGAAGAAGUCGCAGAGCUACAAGGACGGCAAGCUGGACUCUCUAUCGGAAGAAAAGACGACCAAGAUCAAGAAAUUCGCGAAGGACUACAUUGCGAAGAUUCUCCGCAAACUCGAGAAGUCGGGCAAGCGACGGAAACCGGUCUCCACUGCUGGCUCUUCCUCAACACCAGACAGUCGCGCGGAUAACGACGACGCCGUCGUAGCAGCUGCUACUGUUGACGAGGUCAUGGGCUUCGACCCCAACGACGAUGGCGACGACAAUGACGGCCUCGAGCUCAAUGGGCAUGAUGAGCACGAUGACGUGAAAGACGAUCAUCAUCGAGAAGAUGAUGGCCCUUCGGGGUCAGGCAGCCCAGAAGACGCGGCCAGUGGUUCGGGGCAGACGUCGCCGACACUCGUCUGCGAUCCUCGAUUACGAUUGGACUCGGAAUGUGACAAGUUGGACUCGCAACUGAAGCCAACGUCACAGCCGUAUUACACGAAGCCGAAGGUUCACUGCGAGAAUGUGCACGAUGCAUCAUGGUAGCAUGCCCGACCGCGUCAUUCACGCUUCACGUCGGAGCGUCGUUGCUGUUUGUAUUAUGCUUUGCUCGUUCACAGACGUACGUGGGUCCUUGGGAUGUUGAUUGACUUAUUCGUUGUUCCAGUAAGAUUAAGCUCACCUAGUUACACAAUACCAAUGUACUCUUCAC